UGCUCCCAGAACCAGUAUGAACACCAUAAACGACACUGCAGCAUCAGUCCAAGAGUUCAUCAUUACUGGUUUUCCUAAAUUAACUGACCAAGAAAGCCGGAAAAUCCUUUUUGUUGUCUUCUUGGCAGUCUAUUUUUUCAUUCUGCUUGGGAACAUUCUGUUGAUCAUAAUAUUUAUUUCAAACAGAAAUCUCCAUACGCCUAUGUAUGUAUUGAUUUGUGGUCUUUCCAUUUUAGAUAUUGUCAUAACUACUAACACUCUACCCAGUAUGUUGGUUGUGUUCAGCUUCGGAUCGAGAGUUGCACCGUUUGCAGCUUGCUUCCUCCAGACGACUUUCUGGUUGAGUCUGUUUUCAACCGAGUCAUUCCUCCUCACCCUUAUGGCUUACGAUCGCUACAUAGCCAUCUGUAAUCCUUUGCAAUAUCCCACUAUAAUGAGCAACAGCCGUGUCUUGAAAAUGAUCGCUUGCUGCUGGGUGGCAGGGUUUCUGUGUUCAGCACCAAGUGUGAUUCUUGCUCUUAACUUCCCAUUCUGUGGUCCCAAUAAAGUCAUUCACGUCUUUUGUGAUUAUUCGUCAGUGUUGGUAUUGGCCUGUGGAAAUAUCUUAAUAACAAGUUUUCUUGGACUCUCUAUUGGCUUGAGUGUUUUGAUUUUCCCUUUGACUUUUAUCUUGUUUUCGUAUGUGAGAAUCAUGUUUUCAGUGAUCAAGAUUGCCACUUCUGAGGGACGUCUGAAGGCCUUUUACACCUGCGGUACGCACUUCCUCGUCAUUUCGGUCUUUUUCCUUGUUGCUGGUGGAGUUUUUAUUUCGUACCGAAUUCCAGGAACAUCUGUGGAUAUGAGAAUUAUGGGAUCAAUAUUUCAGAAUGUAUUUCCAGCCUUGAUGAACCCAGUCAUUUACUGUUUGAGAACUAAGGAGAUUAGAGACAGCCUUGUGAAAAUGCUCAAAAAGAAAAGAGUGUUACCAAACAGAAAGUCUUAAAACAAGGUUUAAUUAUAGGUUUCUGACAUUUAAAGAAGGCCUAUCAUAAAACAUUUUUGCAAAACAAAGAUAAAAUGUAUUGCUUCAAGUCAUAAAUAAAGUCAUUAUAAAGUAUUAUUGUCAUAAAAAUAAUUUGGGAUUUGGCUUAAUUGGACUAAAGUAUGGUGCCUACUUUAAAUAAACCACAAGGUUACUGACUCAACCAUUAACACACCGUGUAACCCUUAUUAAGACAAUAAACCCGUCAGUGCUGCCUCAAGUGAAAUAUUGGGUUAUGAUUGAUAUGUCUCUUUGAAUGAAAUAGGUCAGCUAAACAAGUAAAUGGUUUAAAAUGAUGAUUACA